CCCCAUCUUUAAGCCCCAGCCAGUGCGCCGUUAGCCGCAGGACAGCACGGAGCAGCGCAGAGGAAGCCGCCCCACGCUCAUGCCGUGAAAAAAGGGGACAGAACUCACCUGGAUUUAAAAGAAAAUGAUAGAAACAAUGGAUACGCAGCGUGCCUUGCAGGCGGUGGAGCGUCUCCAGGCCAAGCUGAAGGAGCGGGGGGAGGUGCCCACGGAGGAGAAGCUCAGCCUGCUCAGGUCGGUGCUCCAGAGCCCCCUCUUCCACCAGAUCCUGGCCUUGCAGAAGUCUGUGCAGCAUCUGAAAGAGCAGGGGACUGUCCCGGCAACAAGAGGAAGUGACCUCAGCGACAACGGCACAGCGGUCAAGCCCAACGGCAGCCAUGUUUCCUACUCGGACGUCCCGGCUGCGACGCAAAUCAACGGCAAGACGCCAUCCGAAGAGUUUGAGACCGUCAUUCGUUCCAUGGCACAGGGCCGCUACGUGACACACGUGGAGCUGCAGAAGCCGGUGUCUGGAGGUCUUGGCUUCAGCGUGGUGGGCUUGAAAAGCGAGAACCGCGGCGAGCUCGGCAUCUUCAUCCAGGAAAUUCAGCCAGGAAGCGUCGCCCACUGCGACGGGAAGCUGAAAGAAGCCGACCAGAUCUUGGCCAUCAAUGGCCAGCCCCUGGAUCAAACGGUGACCCACCAGCAAGCCAUAGGCAUUCUGCAGAGCGCUUCAGAGAGGGUGCAGCUCGCAGUGGCAAGAGGGCCGAUACCUCAGCUCGCCAGCCCUGUGGUGUCCCGCACGCCCUCUGCUGCCAGCACGCUGUCGGCCAACUCCAGCGCGUGGCAGCAUGUGGAGACAAUUGAGCUGGUCAACGAUGGCACUGGUCUCGGUUUUGGUAUUGUCGGAGGAAAGACCACCGGGGUGAUCGUCAAAACUAUACUUCCUGGAGGCAUAGCUGAUCAGGAUGGCCGGCUGCGCAGCGGGGACCACAUCCUGCGGAUCGGAGACACCGACCUGUACGGGAUGGGCAGCGAGCAGGUGGCCCAGGUCCUCAGACAGUGCGGCAACAGGGUGAAGCUGGUGGUCACCAGGGGUCCCGUGGAAGAAACUCCGUCUGCCGUCAUGCCCGUGGUGCUUCCCACCGUCAACGAGCAGCAGGACUGUGAGGAAGAGGAGUCUGAGGCGUUUGAUGUGAGCCUCACCAAGAACGCCCAGGGACUGGGGAUCACUAUUGCCGGCUACGUUGGAGAUAAAAACUCAGAGCCCUCCGGUAUUUUCGUUAAGAGCAUAACAAAAGACAGCGCCGUGGAUCAAGAUGGCCGCAUUCAUGUUGGAGACCAGAUAAUAGCUGUGGACGGCGUCAACAUCCAGGGAUACACCAAUCAGCAGGCCGUGGAGGUGCUCAGACACACGGGCCAGACAGUCCACCUUAAGCUGAUCCGUCGGGGCUUCAGGCCCGAGGAGAUCCCCCCCGCCGUGGCGCCCGCCGUCACCGUCCUGCCCCCGUCCACCACCAUCCUGCCCACCACCACCACCGUCAUGAGGGAGCUGGAGCUGGAGAGGAUGCAAGCAGAGGAGGCGGCACAAGUCGCCACAGAUGAAAAGCAGCUCCAGACAAAGAGUGAAGGAUCUGAUGUCAGCCCAGCCACGGAUCAGCUAACAAAAGACAAACAUGAGCUGAAGCCUUUUGAAGACGAGGAGCUGAUGAAGAAGUGGCAGGAGAUUCUGGGCCCCAGUAAUGAAGUUGUAGUGGCUCAGGUGGAGAAGUUCACCGAGAACAGCGGCCUCGGCAUCAGUCUGGAAGCCAACAGCGGGCAUCACUACAUCCGCUCGGUGCUUCCUGAGGGACCCGUGGGCCGCUGUGGCAAACUGUUCAGCGGAGAUGAACUGCUGGAGGUCAAUGGCAUUUCCCUGAUUGGUGAAACCCACAAAGAAGUGGUGAGAAUCCUGAAGGAGCUUCCUCUCUGCGUCUACAUGACUUGCUGCCGUCCUGCUCCUGAUCUGCAGCCUGACAUGGAAGCCGUCCAACCCGAGUCAGAGGCUUUAUCCACAGCGUGUCAGCUAAAGAAUCAAAUAGACCUCGGCGGCGGCGGCGCGCUGGCUGCCGAAGACUCGGAGGUGAACACAGCGGCAGCGACACAGGAUACCGCGGCGGCCGAGGAGGCGAUAGGAUCUCCUCUGGCCAUGUGGGAGUUGGAGAUCCAGAAUAUCGAGCUUGAAAAGGGAGAAGGGGGAUUGGGAUUCAGCAUUCUGGACUACCAGGACCCGCUGGACCCGGCCAAGACGGUAAUCGUGAUUCGCUCUCUGGUUCCCAACGGCGUCGCGGAGAAAGACGGCCGGCUGUUGCCAGGAGACCGACUCAUGUAUGUUAACGCCACCGACCUGGAGAACGCCAGCCUGGAGGACGCCGUCCAGGCCCUGAAGGGUGCCAAGCUUGGCAAGGUCCAGAUCGGAGUCGCCAAACCUCUGCCUGGAAUAUGUGGAUAUUCCCACUCUCCACACCCAUAUGGUGAGCAGGAGAUAACCUCAUCAUCCACCAUCCACUCAUUUGACUUCAACAGUAUUUUGGUUGGAGAAGCAGAGGAAGAAGGACUGGCUGAGGGCAUCCUUUACCGAGCAGAGCCUGCAUUGAUUGACACCAGCGAAGCAGACCUAUCUGAUGAAAAGGUGUUAGAUCACACUUACUCCGGGAUAGAGGACGACACUUUCCAGGCGUCCAUGAUCGCUCUCCACGGCAGCGGCUGCGGCGCCGACCUGGAUUACCUGCACUCGUCCACGCCGAAGCUGACGGCUCGCCUCAACUUGCUGGAGGAGCAUCCCUGCUUCGCCGACAGCACUCUCUCUCCGGAGAAGCCGGCCUCUUACUCUCCCCCGGGCCCGGCGGGUCACGACCCGGCUUUUAACGCCGUCCUAAGCAGCUCCGAGCAGUACCUGGCACAGCACCCGAGCAACGAAGACCCGGCGGAGGGCUCCAACUCGUACAGCCCGUUCGCUGAAACAGGAGGCAGAACUAACGCCGAGGAGGAGGCUGUUCAGUACCAGAAGGAACCGGUUAUCUCUUUUGGAGAUAUCACCAUUUUAAUAAAGGACGACGAGGCCGGCGCGAAAGAGUCGGCAGAAGACGGCGACAAAGCGGCUCUGACCUCCGGGAGCAGCUUUGAAAGGACUAUCACAGUCGUCAAGGGCAACUCCAGCCUGGGGAUGACGGUGAGCGCCAUGAAAGGCGGACUGGGGAUGCUGAUCCGCAGCAUCAUCCACGGAGGCUCCAUCAGCCGCGACGGGCGCCUGGGGGUCGGCGACCUCAUCCUGGCCAUCAACGGAGAGCCCACCGCCGACCUGAGCAACGCCCAGGCUCGAGCCAUGCUCAGGAGGCACUCCCUCAUUGGACCGGACCUGGAAUCUGCUUGUGCACCCGAGGACGAUCUGUGCCCGUUCUAUGUAAUAACAUACGUCCCCGCUGAGUAUCUGGAGGAGUACAAGGCCGGCCUCGAGCAAGCCAAAGACGAAGUUUUCUCCGAAGCGGCUCCGGUUCCAGCUCCGGCUCCCAAAGAUGUGCCCAACCUCCCUGAGCGCGAAGAUGGAGAAGGAGAAGAAAGCGCCUCUUACGGCAGCUGGAACCAACCGAGGAAGGUGGAGCUGUUCAGAGAGCCGGGGAAGUCUCUGGGGAUCAGCAUCGUCGGAGGCCGAGGGAUGGGCAGCCGGCUGAGCAACGGGGAGGUGAUGAGGGGCAUUUUUAUCAAACACAUCCUGGAGGACAGUCCAGCUGGACAGAACCGGACCCUGAAGACCGGAGACAGGAUUGUAGAGGUGGACGGCGUGGACCUGAGAGACGCCAGUCACGAGGAGGCAGUGGAGGCCAUACGCCGGGCAGGAAACCCAGUGUCCUUCCUGGUGCAGAGCAUUAUCCACAGACCCCGGUCAUCGAUAACGGAGUCCGGCGAGGAGCGAGCAGCAACCAGGGACGGCAAGGACAAGCUGGCGAAGCGUGAAGCGGCAAAGACGUCUCCCACCAGCACCGUCCUCCCCCUGCCAGUGGUGCCCCAUGUGGGAGAGACUGAUACCGACACGCUGACAGAGAUUCCUGGCAGACCUGCCGAGACGGUGGAGGAGGAGAACAAGGAGGUGGUGGUGGUGGAGGAGGAGGAGGAGGAAGAGGAGGAAGAGGAGGAAGAGGAGGAUGAGUUUGGAUACAGCUGGAAGAACGUGAUCCGGCGCUACGGCAGCCUCCCGGGCGUCCUGCACAUGAUCGAGCUGGAGAAAGGCAAGACGGGCCUGGGUCUGAGCCUGGCGGGCAACAGGGACCGGUCCCGCAUGAGCGUGUUCGUGGUGGGGAUCGAUCCCAACGGGGCGGCCGGCAGGGACGGGCGCAUGGUGGUGGGCGACGAGCUGCUGGAGAUCAACGGACAAGUGCUGUACGGCCACAGCCACCAGAACGCAUCGUCCAUCAUCAAGAGCUCUCCGUCCAGAGUCAAAAUCAUCUUUAUCAGGAACACGGAGGCGCUGAACCAGAUGGCCGUGGGACCAGUGAGGGAGCACGACGGAGACGCAGCGGAGCCCCACGAGCCAGAAACGACAAAUGGCGACGCCGAUCCCUCCACGAGCGUUCACCACAUCAUCAAGCUGAAGGAGGACGGAGGACUUGGCAUCACUUUUGUUGACGGCAACACGGACGCCGGGGUGGAGAUUCAGAGUAUAUCUGAAGUGACAGGACACACUGGCAAAGAGGGCUGCAUGCAACCAGGGGACAAACUCUUGGCUGUGAACGGUGAAUCGGUGCUGGGAUACUCUGCUGAUAAGGUCAAUUCUCUACUGAGAACAGCCAAAGGUCCAGUGAAGCUAACCUUCUCUACAAAUGAGAUCGCCUCCUCCCUCUCCUCUCCCCAGUCGACCUGCCAGGACAGGGGUUGCUCGGAUGGACUCCUCACCGGUCCGCCCAGCACGCCCAGCGCCGCCCUGGCUGCCAUGAGCCAGCCGGAGGCAGAAGUCGUCACCAGCCUCAGCCGCUCGUCCACCCCGUCCACUCUGGCCUGCGAUCCGGCCACCUGCCCCAUCAUCCCCGGCUGCGAGACCACCAUCGACAUCUCCAAGGGCCGCACGGGCCUGGGCCUGAGCAUCGUGGGAGGCUGCGACACCCUGCUGGGGGCUAUCAUCAUCCAUGAAGUUUAUGAAGAAGGGGCAGCCUCCAAAGAUGGCAGACUGUGGGCAGGAGACCAAAUCCUUGAGGUGAACGGCAUCGACCUGCGAGCGGCCAGUCACGACGAAGCCAUCAACGUGCUGCGACAGACGCCGCAGAAGGUUCAGCUGACGGUGUACCGGGACGAAGCCCAGUACAAGGAGGAGGACCUGUGGGACUCGUUCACCGUGGAGCUGCACAAGAAGCCCGGCCAGGGCCUGGGCCUGAGCAUCGUGGGGAGGAGGAACGACACAGGCGUGUUCGUGUCCGAUAUCGUGAAAGGAGGCUUGGUGGAUACCGACGGCCGGCUGAUGCAGGGCGACCAGAUCCUGUCAGUCAACGGCGAGGACGUCCGCUCGGCCACUCAGGAGGCCGUGGCCGCGCUGCUCAAGUGCUGCGUGGGGCCUAUAAAGAUGGAGGUGGGGAGGUUUAAGGCAGGUCCCUUCCACUCUGAAAGAAGGAUGUCUCAAAGCAGUCAGAUGAGUGAAACAGGCAGCUCCAAGGCGGCCUAUCAGUCAUGUGCAGACGCUGGAAACCUUCCCGGCGACCCUGACAAACUCAGCAGAAGUCAGGAACCUCCGGAGCAUCAGGACACCAGGACGGUGGAGUUCACUAAAGGCCCCAAUGACUCUCUGGGUAUCAGCAUAGCAGGCGGGGUGGGCAGUCCUCUGGGCGACAUACCCAUCUUCAUCGCCAUGAUGAAUCCGGUCGGCCUCGCCGCUCAGACUCAAAAGCUCAAGAUCGGGGACCGAAUUGUCAGCAUAUGUGGAACUUCGGCUGAAGGCAUGAGCCACUCGCAGGCUGUCACUCUGCUCAAGAACGCCACCGGCACAAUACAGCUGCAGGUGGUGGCGGGCGGCGACACCACCGUGACGGGGCCGUCUCAGGAGCAGGCCGCCGGGGGCCUGACGCCCAGCUGCAUCUUCCAGGAUGACCUCGGCCCACCUCAGUAUAAGACCAUCACUCUUGAGCGAGGACCAGACGGAUUGGGUUUCAGUAUCGUCGGAGGCUACGGCAGCCCGCAUGGAGACUUGCCAAUUUAUGUUAAAACCGUGUUCGGAAAGGGCGCGGCAGCAGAGGACGGCCGUCUGAAGCGAGGAGACCAGAUCAUGGCGGUCAACGGGCAAACCCUGGAGGGCGUCACUCACGAGGAAGCUGUCGGCAUCCUGAAAAGGACCAAAGGAACCGUCACGCUCACCGUGCUGUCGUAGACGAACACACACAAAAGUUCACAAAUAGAAGCAACCACUCGACCAUGAAGAAGACUGUUACUCAACGUAGCCCCGAACACUGUGAUCCACGAACGCUGACUACAAGUAGGCCCGUAUGAAACUAGAGGAGCUUGUACGUAGCCAUGCAGUUAUAAGUAUGUGAAUCUGUAAAUAGUACUAGAAACAUUCCAUGACUCUGGGUUGAGAUAUUCACUGGACUCUGUCGGUAGCAGAAAGAGAGCGUUUCUACAAAGGAGAGGCCUGUUUUCCAGUUUAUAUUCUAAAGGUAUAGGGGUGACCUCUGGGUAAAUUCAGAGCAUUAAAACACCCUCGAGGCAAUUAGGAAAUUAGCAGGAUUAAGCUAAUGGCUACACCAGCUGAAAACAGCAUUAUUUUUGUCCUGCUGUCGGCAGUUCAUCAAACUUUGAUUUUAAAGCUGAUGCUGCUGUAAAUGGUGUUAAUCUGCUUAUCAUGAAGUGUUUGAUCAGGAGAGCGUUCUGAGUGGCUGCAAGUGCGAUAUUGCAAAAUGCACGGCGUGCGAACGCUUCUCUGAAGGGAAAUCCUUGAAGUGUGGUUGGAGUGCGUGUGAGUGUGUGACCUAUUCACUGAACUAUAGUGCUGCUAAAGCUGAUAUAUAAGGUAUUAUGUUACAGUAUUUGGAUUUUUUUAAAAAAGUAUUAAAUAAUGUCGACUUCAUGUAAGUGCACAAAUGAACUGAUAUUUAGGUUUGUACGGACGAGCGGUUGGAGCUGAUGACCGGAGCCCACUUUGACCUCAUCGUCCACCCAAAACAAAGUCAUCCAGGGUGUCUGUGGGCAUGUGUUUGUGUGGUCUGUUCUCUGUGUUAUCACCUGUUUCUAGUACUGUCAGAGUGACGGUAUUGAAUUUAUUCACAAUGAAUUAAAUAAAAGUGACCUUUGGAUUCCA